AUGCUUGAUGGCAAGCCAACGGGUACACACGAGAGUCUUAUGGAGCGAUCAAUCCAAUCUUGGAUCUCAGACCCGACAUCCCAGAUCUGCAAGGCUGUUACAGAGGAUGGUCAUAUCGUUGGGUGGGCAUGCUGGUUGAUGAAGGACAAAAAUCAGGAGAAGAGCGAACCAGCCAGACAAGUUGCAAAGUCAACUCCCACACAAAGUGAUAAACCAGACCCCCCCUACUCGGGUCAUUGGUCGCCAAAUGCGUAA